AUGGGGACGAUCGCCGGAGACAAGUGGAAGAGCAGACUGGAAGAGGAGGAAGACGAGGAGCUCGUCGACCGCAUCAGCGGCCUCCCCGACGCUGUCCUCGGCGACAUCGUCACGCUCCUCCCCACCAGGGACGGCGCCCGCACGCAGGUUUCCGCUUGGAUUCAGUCCCCUGCCACCGCCGCCGCAGCUGCCGGCAUCGGUGCAACGCUUCUCUUCGACUCUUCGCAUUGCCAAGUUGGCCGGGUGCAGCUUCCCGGAGGGAAACGCCGGCACUCUGCACUUGCCGGUUCUCAAGCAGCUGAGCCUUAUGCACGCCAAGAUCUCGGAGAGCUCUCUGCAGGCCUUGCUCGCCGGCUGCCCUGCCCUGCCCUGCAGAGCUUGCUGCUGUCUUACAACAGCGGCUACUCUCGAGUCCGAAUCGUGUCUCGCACUCUUUUAAGCAUUGGUGUGAACCCGGGUCGGGGAGACUCCAGAUUGCAACACCUCAUCCUGGAGGAUGCUCCCUGUUUAGAAAGAUUGCUUAUUUUUCCUUAUGCAUAUGGGUAUGCCAAGAUAAUGAACAUCUCGGUUAUUUCGGCUCCAAAAUUGAAUAUUUUGGGGCCACUCUGUGAUGACCUCUCCACGGUUGAGUUUGGCACCACAGUUUUUCAGGGACCGCGCCUUGUUAGCUUCAUGACGGUGGCACCCAGUGUGAAGAUUUUAGCUUUACUGAAUAUGCAAAUUAGUUUGGAUGUGGUUAUUAACUUUAUGAAAUGCUUUCCCUGCUUGGAGAAGUUGUACAUCAAGACAGUAUUGGCGCGGUGCAAAAAUAGGCGGAGCCGUGAAUACCAGAAUUUUGUCAGGACCCGUGAUAUUCGCCUGAAGAAAGUUGUGUUGUUAAACUAUUGACGCAACAUGUCCCAUGCUAACUUUGCCAAGUUCUUUGUACUGAAUGCAAAAGUGCUAGAAUCAAUGGUUCUUGAGUUAGAAAAAGGAAUACCGCUUAGCACUGAGUGGAUUGAGAAACAGCAUGAGCGUCUACAUACAAAAAUAGGACUUUUAGGGGUGCACAGUUUGAUUUUGUUUAUCGUUAAGGUUGAUCUGGGCUGAUUGCCCGUGUGAUGGAUGAAGCACAAGCACAUGAUUUGUCAACAGCCAACCCCUUUGUAGGGUUUCAUGUCCGGUCCAUUUAGGCUACACUGUUUUGAUGGAACUUGAUUAGUCACUUGUCUGCAGCAUUUUGAUAUUUGGUGUCUGUGUUCGUAAAAUAUUGUAAUUUGUCAACAGACUGAUUGUUCUGUUAUAACCAGAGAAGUGCUAGUUGGGGGUGUCCACCAUUUGUGA